AUGGCAGAAACUGCAGACUUCUUCUCUCGUUUCCCGGGCUUCACCCCAAAUCCGUCAGCGUCAAUCAUAGACGAAUUCGAGCGCCUAGCGCGCCACAGAGGCUGGAGUCAUAAUUCUCGGCGGAGAAAACACCACAGUGAAUGGAUAGACUUCGCCGAAGCCGAAUUCGACCGCUGUUUUGGCGCUGAGACGAAGCUUGAGAGCUACCAGAAUCUAUGCCAGAUAUUGAUCCCUGACGAACCAGCUCCACCAAGUAUCACGCAGUGUCGGAAGGCACUCAAGCGGGUAUAUGUGAAUCUGAUCGAUUUGAUUGACGCCGUGCGCAUGGGGACGGAGGUUCCGAGGUUUCGCAAUAUCAAGGCGUUGAGGGCGAAUAUCAAGGAGACGGAGAGAGUCUUCCCGAGGAUGGCGGCGAAAAAGGGCGUCCUGAAGGAGCUGUUGCGGGAGAUUUGGUAG